ACAGCUGAGGCUGCCGAGCAAGUUUGCAGAGUUCUGUCGCAGAGCCGUAGUGAGCAGAACGAUCAAACCUCAAGACUCUGACUGUCAAAUAGCAUUUCAGAAUAGAUCCAACCAGAAUUUCCUCGAUUGGUUUUGGAAACAAACUGAAGGCUACCUCUUGGUGAGAACAGUUUUGGUUCCACUUGCCAAACUUUUUUUCUUCGUCUGUGAGAGAACUCUUGAACCGGUUGAAUGUAUAGCAUGAUGGAAACCGAGAUCAAGAGUCCGCUCCCGCAGUCCAACUCGGGUUCGGCGGCAGGCGGAAAGAACAACAGUUCCAACGAAGAGCGGGUGAAGAGGCCCAUGAAUGCCUUCAUGGUGUGGUCCCGUGGCCAGCGGAGGAAGAUGGCUCAGGAGAAUCCCAAAAUGCACAACUCAGAGAUCAGCAAGCGGCUUGGAGCUGACUGGAAACUUCUGACUGACGCCGAGAAAAGACCUUUCAUUGACGAGGCCAAAAGGCUGCGAGCAAUGCACAUGAAGGAGCAUCCGGAUUAUAAAUACCGUCCCCGCAGAAAGACCAAGACCCUGCUCAAGAAAGACAAAUAUUCCUUGCCUGGAGGACUUUUGGCGCCAGGUGCCAACGCUGUCAAUAAUGUCUCUGUAGGACAACGAAUGGACAGCUACGCGCACAUGAACGGUUGGACAAACAGUGCUUAUUCUCUUAUGCAGGACCAGUUGAGCUACCCACAGCACCACAGCAUGAACAGUCCGCAGAUCCAGCAGAUGCACAGGUACGAGAUGACCGGCCUCCAGUACCCCAUGAUGUCCACAGCCCAGACAUACAUGAACGCGGCAUCCACAUACAGCAUGUCCCCGGCGUACACACAGCAAACCAACAGUGCCAUGGGCUUGGGAUCCAUGGCAUCAGUGUGCAAGACGGAGCCCAGUUCGCCUCCACCUGCCAUCACCUCCCACUCUCAGAGGGCAUGUUUAGGUGACCUGAGGGACAUGAUAAGUAUGUACCUUCCUCCCGGGGGAGACAGCGCGGAUCAUGCCGGCCUGCAAACCAGUCGUUUACACAGCGUGCAUCCGCACUAUCAGAGUGCUGGGACUGGAGUGAACGGAACGCUACCCCUCACACAUAUCUAAAAAGACUUCUAAAAAUGGGGAAAAAACUGAGUACUUCGGAUACUUGAACACUUUGGUUUUGCAAAAGAGUCGAGGUUCAAUAGUUUUGUUUUAAAAGAAUGAAAUUAUUUUUAAUCUAAACGAGUUGUCAAUUUUAAAGCAUUUUAAGACGACAUGUCGUGGAAUUUGAGUGUUGAACCCAACAAAAUAUUGUAUUGCAAAUGAGCUUCUAUCAUAAGCUAUAAGCAAUCAACUUUUGUAGAAGAAUUGGACUUCCAUUCUUUAUUGCCAUUUUGUUUUCUCUCUAUGAAAAAAGGCACGUGGCUUCGUGAUGAGGCUGUUGUAUUUCACAAAAAAAGACACUGGAGGGAGAGUCCACUCAUUAAUGUUUACACUUAAUUUGUAGAAUGUCAGUUUGUCUGCUGUGUCCAAAUCUGUGUAGUCUAUUUUCUCGAGCUAGUUUUUUCUUUAAUGAAAGACUGUGCGGGUCGCAAGCGCAAGUUUAUUUAUAGAAAGUUGUUCUGUUUUUCCUCCGAAGAAACGCUUGUGGGCCUCUGUGUCUCUCGUUGGAUAUGUUGCAUUUUUUGUUUUGUGAAAAUUUUCUUUUCUGUGAUAUGUUUUGCAGUAUCAGGUGACCCAUUUUGUGGGCGGAGACGUUUAUUUAAACUGACGUUUUUACUUAUUUUAAGACCAUCCUCUAUUCUUAAAUGAAUAAAUUUUUACAAAACAAGACAUGUGAUUGUACAUAUGAUUUAUUUCAUGUAGCCGAGCAGGCACACCUUUUAAGAUGAGUUAUCACUCCUGUUUAAAGUUUGAUUUAGACCUGGUGGUAAUAUGUUACAUUUGUUAUUAAAAACUCGACACAGGUCGAAACAGGUAGCCUACUGUCUGAUUGUGUAUGGCAAAAACGCACAUUUGACAUUUUCACGUAAGAAGGUAUUCUUAAACUGAUGAAAGUAAAGCCAUUUUGCCAUAAAAUGUCACUUGGUGGAUAUUGGCACUGGCUGUGUUAUUUUCUCAAAGAUUUCUUUUUUGGAGAAAUGCACUGAAGUGGACUUUUCCGUUUAUAGGCCUAAAAGCAAGAUGGUCCGAAGUACAGUUAUUAAUUCAAAACGUAUGAUUAGCUCUAAAAGCCAGAGAAAAUGUGUUUUGAGGUAGUGUAAAAAAAGGUGCCAAAAGAAAACUUUUUGGACUAUUUUUCGUUCCAAAUUUGCCUUGGCGACGCCACAGAAUAGUCAAACACCUGUUGAUCUAGAGGCCCACGCUGAUCACGACUCACUCACACGUGAAGAAAAACGCCCCAAUAGAAGGUAAACUAUAGAUGAGUUUACACAAGAAAUAUUUGGAGAAAACACAAAGUGUUUAAUAUGACAAAUAGGCCUAGGCGCUAUUAGCAAUGUGAAAUUAAUAUUUGUGUGUGUUUGCCGUAUUUGUUCAAUAUCUGCGGCCUGAAUAGUCCAUGUCUUAUUGAGUAAUGGUGUGCUAUGAAUGUUGUUUGCACUGAAAUUAAGCGUUUUAUAUUUAGCUCCGCACACAGAUUGGUUAAACAAAGCUUUUUGAAAUGUCAUCAAUAUUGACUUUGGAUCACCUUACACCAACACACUUUUCUCGUGGAUAACCUAACUCAAAUAUACUUUGGUCGUUAUCAAUAUAUUAACAUAGCUGAUAUGUUGGCUGAUGGCCAUUCUUGCAGGGUGGUACCUCAAUGCUAUAUAUCUGAAUUUAAACCUUUAAAUUACAUUAGCUCACUCCUUAUAUUAAUGUGGGCCAUAUUGAGUUCCCUUUUGUAGAUUUUACAUACUUCUAGUUUUAUUUCAUUGCUUUUCUGAAAAUUAAUAUUAAAGGCGGUGAAAAUGUAAUUGACUCCACUUCCAAGUGUUUUCUGAUAUUGUAAUGCAGUUUGUAAUUAAACAACAUUUAAACUUAA